GUCCGGAACAGAGGAAGUAAACUAAAAGCUGUCAGACGAGUUUCCACCUUUUCCUGGGGAGGAAUGGAGCGCUCCAGGAACUCUCGAGUCCCGCAAAGAAAACUUUACAACCUCCGUUGUGUUGUGUAAAAAAAAAAAAACAAACAUAGAAAAACUACCAGAGAAGAAGCGCGUUAAUUUUUUAGCUAGUUUACCGCUAAUGAAGAAAUGGCGUCGGAGCCGAAAUUAAACGGGAAUGAACUUUUGGAAAUUGACAUAUGCGACGGCCGCGUCUGCUCCGAGGACGACAGCGGCGUUUUUGUGAACUCCGCCGCCUCCCUCCAGGAUGAUUUCUCCGGCUUUCGCCAGUGGACGAGCCCUGCCGAGUCACCAAAUGACACAUCAUCAUCAUCAUCACCAUCAUCAUCAUCAUCUCCGGGACAGCAGGAGCUGAUCCCCAGCGAGCACGGUGCUCCGCCGCCUGGCACCGUUACUGCCACCCACACAGCACCGACGGCCGGUGACAGUGACUCUGAAGCCGGGGUUGAUGGACUUAAAGCCCCCAGGACUUCCAUAGUGGACUGUCUGCUGGUGGAGCUCUAUGAGACCUACAGCGGAGGCAGCAGGAGGAAUGCGGACAGCUGGGACAGCUCCACCGAGGCAUCCGGGUCAGAUGCCUUCCUCGGCCGCAGUAACUCCGGGUCCAGCUUCCUGCAGGAGCUCCAGGAGAAGCACACCAGGAGGCAUCAGAUGAACUACUUGGCCCAGAAAGCCCCUGAGGAGCUGCAGUCGAUCAUCCAGGAGGUGAAGUACCGUACAGGCCUGCAGUCGGCCAAGCUGAUUCGCCAGCUGAGGAGACGAGACCGACUUUGUAACAAACUGCAGAAGAACUACGACAUCGUCACGGCGUGUCUCCAAGCCGUCUCGCAGAAACGACGAGUUGACACGAGGCUGAAGUUUACCAUUGAACCGUCGCUGGGAAAGAAUGGAUUCCAGCAGUGGUACGACGCCCUCAAAGCAGUGGCUCGACUUCCUACCGGGAUACCAAAGGAAUGGAGGAAGAGGGUGUGGCUAACACUGGCCGACCAGUACCUCCACAGUAUCUCCAUCGACUGGGACAAGACGCUUCGUUUCGCCUUUAACGAGCGCAGCAACCCAGACGACGACUCCCUCGGCAUUCAGAUCGUCAAGGACCUGCACAGGACCGGCUGCAGUUCUUACUGUGGCCAGGAGGGGGAGCAGGACAGGGUGGUGCUGAAGAGGGUGCUGCUGGCGUACGCCCGCUGGAAUAAAGCUGUAGGUUACUGCCAAGGCUUCAACGUGCUGGCCGCUCUCAUACUGGAAGUUACAGAGGGAAGUGAGAGCGAUGCACUGAAGGUGAUGAUCUAUCUGAUCGACAAAGUGCUGCCAGAGAGUUACUUUGCAAACAACCUUCGAGCGUUGUCAGUGGACAUGGCGGUGUUCAGAGACCUGCUGCGUCUGAAGCUGCCCCGACUGUCCCAGCACCUGCACCACCUUCAGAAAGCAGCCAACAGAGAAGCUGGAGGCGUCUCCCUUCUUUCAGGCAGUUACGAGCCUCCACUGACCAACGUCUUCACUAUGCAGUGGUUCCUCACCAUGUUCGCCACCUGCCUGCCGGCGUCCACCGUGCUCAAGAUCUGGGACUCGGUUUUCUUCGAGGGGUCAGAGGUGCUGUUUCGUGUCGCCCUCGCCAUCUGGGAGAGACUGGGAGAGAGGAUCGAGUACUGUCAGACAGCUGACGAGUUCUACAGCACGAUGGGUUGCCUCACGCAGGAGAUGCUGGAGCGCAACCUCAUCGAUCCUGCAGAACUCAUGCAGGAGGUUUACUCCAUGGCUGUGUUUCCUUUCCCUCAGCUGGCCGAGCUGAGAGAGAAAUACACCUACAACAUCACUCCGUUCCCCACCUCAGUCAAAUCCAAUGGAAGUGGCGGUCUGGGCAGCUGGGAGAGCGACGAUGACGCCGACAUGGACGACGAAGACUCUGUGGUGACUGCGCUGGGUUGUCUGGGGCCCCUGGGCGGCCUGCUGGCCCCUGAGCUGCAGAGAUACCAGAAACAUCUGAAAGACCAGCGAGCGGAGCAGGGAAACAUCGCAGAGCUCAGUCCGGGAGCGGUGGGAGCCGGAGGGGCAGGUGGAGCAGGAGGAGGAGGAGGAGGAGGAGGAGGAGGAGCAGGAGGAGGAGGUGCCAGGGCGGAGCAUCAAGCCGCCAUCAACAGCAUGAUGAUGGAGAGAAUGAGCACCGACAUCUACGCCCUGAAGAAGCAAUAUGCUCGCAUCAAGAGGCGGCAGCAGCAGCAGGCUAUGCAACUCUACAUACGCACAGGACUUGGACAUGAAGUGGCCACAAGUCCAGGAGUUCUUCAGGAGCGUCCCAGCAAACCCAGCGACAGUGCCGAGCACCAGACUGAGGACAAGUGCCCAGCCACCCGUGUCCUGGCCUCCCAGCUCAACCCUUCCAGCUCCGUGAUCAACCACCUCCUCCUGGGUCGGAAACCACGCGGCUCCACGAGCGCGUCCACUCUACCAGGGGCUCGACCCGCUUUUCUGUCCCAGAGUCAGGGUUCCCCAGCCAGGCAGCGCUGUGGCUCGCUGCCCUCCAACGGCUCCGGAUCUCCAGGGAGCUCCGGAGGAGGAGGAGGUGGCGGUUCACCGUGGCGUGCUCAUGUCCGGGUUCAUCGGAGGAAUAUCGCCAGGGCUCGAGCACAGCUGGGCUUUGGAGAUUCAGAGGAAAGAGAAGAUGAGGAGGAGGAGGAGGAGGAGGAAGGAGGAUCAGUGACACUGGAGGGUGAAGAAGAGAAGAAGAUUGAGGAAAACAAGAGAGAUGAUGAAGAGCAGAGAGAGGAAAGUGACACCUCUGUUUCUCCAUCUCCUGAUCCCUCUGUCACAGGGUCUGUGGGUGAAGAGGCUCCACAGGUCGCAGAUGAUACAAAAGAAGCUGAGGUUGCAGAGGUGGUGGUGCAACUGGACUCCCUGGAUCUAGAGGACGAGUCAAACCUGACCUCCGCCAUCACUGCAAACCCAAAUACACCGCCCACACUCCCAGAGUCUAAGCCUGCGCCCCAAGUUCCUCUUCUCCCUCCUCCGCCGUCCUCAAACAGACACAAAGAGUCCAACUCCUCGGGUUCAGAGCGAAGCGCCGCCUCUGACAGACAGUUUCCCUCCAUUGCUUUACCUCCACCUCACCACUCCUCCUCCAGCUCCUGCAUCCCUUCUUCCUCUCCUUCCACCCCGAGUCCAUCCCCCUCCCCGGUCCCAAUGUCAGCUUCUCUCGGUCCCUCCUGCUCAUCCUCUCCUACACCUCCCUCCACCCCGACACCAAACUCCACAUCCCGCCUCCCGUCCUCUUCAUCAGCCAAUGGCUUAUCCUCUCUCUCUCUUCCUGCCUCCUCCACCUUUUACAAAACUCCCUGCCCUUCCACGCCCUCGCUCUCCUCUGUCUCCUCAUCUUCCAAAUCUCACAUCCCGUCCUCCCCGUCAACCCCGGCGUUCUCCUCCACUCCCAAACAGCAAGUCUUCUCCCCGUUCCCUUCCGUGAAGCAGCCCAGGAAAUCGGUCGCAGCCAGAAACCUCGGCCUCUACGGUCCCACAUCCAGAACGCCCACCGUACACUUCCCCCAGCUCAGCCGCAACCUCAACCGCAGUAGCGCUGCCGGCACCACGGGGAGUCGAUGAACACCUGAGCGCUCCUGAACUGAUGCUGGAAACACACAGUUGUUACAUGAUAUGAAAAAUCAUUCUCGAGUUACACCGUGUUGCCUCCUGCGUAUCAAGAAAAUAACCCAUUUCUUAUAUAUAGUAGUGAGAAAGUUGUAGAAAUGUAAAGUUCACCUGACAGACGGGUCAUCCUGAAAUUCACAAGCCAUUAUGGACGAACAUUAUAGAACUAGCUGACUAUUAUUUCUUCGUGGUUUGUUUAGUGUUUGAACUGCAGCGGGUGUGUAAGGCUGAGGAGUUUGGGGCACGGGACCAUCACAGUAUCAAGCCCUUUACAGUUGCCUAUGCAGGUUCUUCUUGAUCAUAAUUGCAUUUGCAAUCGCACCGCAUUUGUGCAGCUCUUCAAUCUCUAAUGAGGAUCCUCCCUGGACUGACACCGGAGGCAAAUGUUUCCCUCUGGACUCACGUAGACAACAUGUAUCAACACGAUGAAGUACAUUUUCUCCUGUGCGAUUACACAAUAGCCAUCCAGUUGUUUCUAUGCCAAGUGAUUUAAGAAAUAACUACACAAGAAACAAAUACACCUAAGAAAUUAUGUAAAUGAAGUAUCACGAAAACAAACUGUGUGUGACCCCCCCAAAAAAAACAGCCCACUCAUAAAACUUGUGAUUUCAUGAAUCACUUAACAUCCUCUAUGUGUACUCUGUCUGUGUCUCGACUGUUGAACGUAAGGAAUUUAAUGUUUCAAUCAAUAAUGAAGUAAGUGCAAAUGAGAGAGAUUGUUUUGAUCAUUGGAGGGUGAACAGUGUAAAUGAAAUAUGGCAAAUCAAGGUUUUUCAAGAGUUUAAGUGGUGUUCAUAUAAAGUAAAUGUAAUGUUAUGCUUUAUAAAGCAGAGGCAGCACUUUAAAGAGAUCUUAUUUAAUGUUGAUUUCCAGUAUAAACAGCCCAACCAUACUCAAAGCAUGCUUAUUUAGAAACUUACCACAAAGCUGCAGCUUGCCACUGGGUUUCAAAUGCAGCCCAGUCAGGCAAAUACAAAUAAAUAAAUUAUAGAAGAUGGAAAAAUCCAAGUAUGGUCAGUCAUGUCGUGGCCUUCAUUAAAAACAACAACCUCUGAGUGGGAAAAAAUGUUGCAGCUGCAGCACAACAUCCUGCUUGAGGCACAGAUGUAGCCAAGAAUAGGGAUUGGUGCAAAUUAAAGUCAAUAUAAUGUUUUAGAAAGAAAGGUUUGUGAGCAUUUUUAGCAAAUGCAUGACAUUUAGCCUCAGUUUGGGCCUCUCUGAAUCAUUGCUUUUACAUUUCAGACUUUUGCCUUGAUGGUUUCAUUUGACUCAAAUCAGUUUUUCAAAAACGAAAAAUACACUUCAAACGUUGAAAAAUUGGUGCAAGCUUUUGACAACAUGUAUUUCUGUCUUUAACGGUUCCAGAUUGCACAAAGACACUAUACAGCUGGAGUGAACAAUAUUCUCUGGGCUGCAUAAAUUAGAUAAUUUUUAACCUGGUUUGUAAGUUGCUAAAUUUUUGUAUCAAAUAGGGGUUGGAGGAUUGAUCCCCAAAGUAUCAAUACCACUUGCUUUGAGUAUCUAUACUAGCAUCUAUAGAAUCAAAACCCCCAAAAAAAGGAAUUAACUGAGAAUCUUAAAAUGAAAUGCCUCAUAUUUGGAAAAUUAUUUGGCAGUAAUUUAAUUUUUAUAUAAAUAAAUUGUGACAUAUUUCUCUCCCUUAUAUGACAGUACAGCUUCUUUUAACAAUAAAUAAAAGUAUCAAUAUUGGUAUUGAUACUGUUGAUGCUGGCACUGGUCAGGUUGACGAAGACUAUUUCUUUUAACCCAUUUUCCAGGUUGCUAAAUUUGUGUCUCUACCAAACAAAGCUUGUAGCUGAAGUUGUUUUGUACUAAAAUUGUUAAGAAUAUAUAAAUAUAUUAUAAUAAUAUUCAAUUAAUUUAAAAUGCAGGUGACUCAAAAAAAUUGUCUCUCAUAUUGUAUUAAAUUCUCAUGAAUAAAUAACCUUUUAUAUUUUCCUGCAUCCUAAGUGGGGAACAUAAAAAAGUGAACACCGAGGCAAAAGGUCACUUCCGAUAGCCAUCUUUGUUUUGAUUAAUAAACAGUUGCGCGAUGUGAAACGAGUUAAAACAGCCGUUUACUGUGCAGCGGGCAGAUUAGUUUUCCUCUCGUUUGGCCAGAAGAGUUAUGUAGGAAUGUGGAAAUGGCUUCAAAAUGGCGGUAAGUGUCGUCAGUUGACCUACCAAAGUUUUCAAAGUUGGAGCUAGUUUUAGAGCUGUUGCCAGAUUGUACUGACCGAAAGUUAGUUUUGGUUACGUUACAUUAAACGAUAAAAGUGACUAUAAUUCACAGAAUGCAGUGGAUUCAGUGAGUGGCUUACAACUUGAACAUCCCUCUUUCCUUUUGUUGCCUAUAUUUGUUUACAUUUUGGCAAAUUGGCGCCAUUUAAAGUAUAAUGAAUUAGCUAUUAGCAGUUCCUGAUUGCAGUGCACCCAUGAAUGUAAAGACGAGUAUUAUUGGAUUACUCUCAUUGAAGAAAACGUAAAAACGGGACGUUUUCUGGACGUUUCUCGGGCAGGUUCUGCAACGUCUUUUUUUUCGUUGUGUUUUUUCUAAGUGGAUUUAUGAGCUUUUAUUUGCAAUAGACAUCAGACAUCAUGAAAUGCUCUUAGUAUAAGUCAUGCUGUAUCUAAAAAUAUGUGAGUCAUAGAGUCAAGUUAUUGGGCAGUCACAUGAUUAAAUGUUUAAAAAAAAAAAAAGCUACUUUAACAGCAACUGAAUCCCUUAUGGUAGAAAAGGUAUGACAGUGACGAUUAUAACAACCUAUCCAAAUGAAUUUUUAUCCAUCCAGUCGUUUGCAUUUCUCCUGUCCUCCUCUGCAGUUCUACAUUAUUAUUUUCAUCUCUUUAGUAACCUCUUAAAAAUGUAUGUUGCCAUUAUUUCAUCAUCAGUCGCCAAAUGUCUGUGUAAGUACAGCUGAGUCCAUUCUUAUUUUGUGUUUUGUUACGGCUGCUUCAUCUGGUUUCCACUGCCAGAGUUUGUGGGAAAUGUCUUUUCUUUUUCUAUUUUUUUCUUUCAAGACAGUGUAUCAUCUUAUUUCUUAUCCUGUUACUCACCAAACCACAGGAAUUUUGUAAUGUAAUGACACCAACACAUGAGGGUGGAGACAUGUUAAAGGGGAAAUUAUAGUACAUGCUGUACAACAAGUUAUCCUUGAUUACUAGGAAGAGAUCUGAUGUCAACUCAGAGCACUACCGCACUCCAAAUAAAGAAAUACUAGGUAGAAAGAGAA